CUUUCCACAACAUCCCCGAAAAACUUGAACUCACUUUCUCUUUGUAUUGCACUGUACUAUCUGUAUUUGUACAAUUGUUUUGAACCUCUCUCUCUCUCUCUCUCUCUCUCUCACAUUUUCAGUAAUGGCUGAUGAUUAUUCCACACCAUGAGCUUCACAGGUGAGUCCCACCACCACUCACCGGCGGUUCCUCGUCUCCGCCGCCGCCGCCGCAAACCCAAGAAUUCUAACCGGUUCCGCCUGCUCGGACCUCCACCAACUACUACUCCCCACUCGUCCUGGAAGUUCGAAGACAACAAAAACGACCUUGUCUUUAACUACCAACACCACCACCACCACACGAAGCUCGUCUCCGAGCUAUUUCAACGAGGCAGAGUCCAAGCCUCCGCCAGAAAACUCGCCGCCGGUCUCUGGCGAUUGCUCGGUGCACCUCACUGUCAGCAGACUGGUAUUGGACGUGUAAAGAUUAAGUUUACCCAUCACCGGAAAAGUAGGGACUAUGGUCUGGAAAUAAAGGAUCAGUUGCAGUUGCAAAGAUCCCUACCUGUCUCUCAUCCAAAGGAUGGAAUCCAGUAUGAGCCUGAAUCUUCUUUGCAAUAUCCCAAAUGCGCAAUGGAGGGGGCAACAAAGUGGGAACCUAGGCGUUCAAAAGUGUUUGACAAGGUCUACCAGUUUAACAGCCACAUAAAGCUUCUUGAAAAUCAAGACAAUGCUUCUAUCUCUAUUGUUUCUGUCCUGCAAGCAGAACUAAUACGUGCUAGAUCAAGAAUUCGUGAACUUGAAGAUGAGUUGAAGUCCUCUAAGAAAAAAAGUGAACACUUGCUGAGGAAGGUUGAAGAGGAAAGGAUUUCAUGGCAGAGCAGAGAACGUGCAAAAAUUCUUGUGGUUGUGGAUGGCUUAAAGAAUGAAUUAGGCAGGGAAAGGAAGAAUCGUCAUAAGAUGGAAAUUUUCAGUUCCAAAUUGGUCAAUCAGGUUGCCAAUGCCAAGUUAUCUGCAAAGCAGAUCAUGCAAAAUUAUGAGGAAGAAAAAAGGCUUCGAGAGCUAAUGGAGGAAGUUUGUAGUGAACUAGCCAAGCAAAUUGGAGAAGAUGAGGCCAGUGUUGAGGGAUUGAAGAGAAAGUACAAGAAAGUUUGUGAGGAAGUGGAAGAAGAGAGGAAGAUGUGGCAGAUGGCUGAGGUUUGGCGUGAAGAACAUGUCCAAAUGAAGCUGGUUGAUGCAAAGCUUGCUCUUGAAGAAAGAUAUUUUCAGAUGAACAAGCUGGUAACAGACCUUGAGACUUUCCUGAGGUCCAGAAGUUCUAACCUGAAUGUCAUGGAGUUGAGGGAAGCUGAGUUGAUCAUGCAGGCAAUUAAAUCAAUGAAUAUUCAAGAUAUCAAGGAGAUUGAACUUCUCAGUGAAGGUGAAGCUAACGAAAAGGAGAUUGAACCAUGUUUAAAUAACAAUGCCUCCGACAAAAAGUUGGUGCUGAAACAUUCAAAUCAUGUUAUUGAUUAUAAGAGUGGUCUAGAAGAAGAUAUUAGAGGUGGGGAAAGUGCUAGCCAUGCUGAGGAUCAGGGUUGCAUUUGCUCACUUGAAGGUAGUGGCACCUCAGUUAAUAGGUUCAACCAAGAAAAAAAAGUUUUGGAGACCCGAAUUGAAUGUGAUGAAAACACAAAUCAAGAAUCUCUUAGUCCAGAAAUCAGUGAGGUUUGCUCACUAUCUGAUAAGAAAAUAAAGCAGAAGGCAUCUCCAGUAUCGAAUCCCUGGAAAUCACACCCAAGUAAUGGUGAAUUCUAUAAGAUUUUGAUAGAUGAGGAUAAUCGAAGGCUUUCAAAUGGGACAAUUUCUAGUGUCAAGAAAUCUUCUACAUGUAGAGGGUCAGCUGAAGGUGAGCCCAGAUGCCAGGAUACAGUGGCACAACAGAGUGUACCAGACUCGGCCAAUCCACACAUUACUCGAGGGAUGAAAGGACGCAUAGAGUGGCCACGAGGCAUUCAAAAACAUAAUGCGAAGGCCAAGCUUCUGGAAGUGAAAAUUGAAAGCCAGAAAUCUCAAUUGCGUCACAUUCUUAAACAGAAGACUUAAGAGAACUACAUUCUCAUUCGUUUUAUUUUUAUUUUUUAUUUUUUAAAUUGUUUCAGCAAGUGUAAUCAUAAGAAGAAUGCACCCAUUUGUUAUCAGCAAGUGUUAAAAAAAAACAAUAGAGUUCAUUGAGCCUCUUAUGCAAAGCUUCCUCCUUUUUCAUAAUUCAA